GUUGACAAGAGCAUCUUCGAACCCGCCCAGAUCACCAAGAAGAGGGAGUUCGUGCGCCGCCUCAUCCUGUCCAUUGCCCACCAUCUGGAGAACGGAACGCUCGUGCGACCGUUCGCGCCCCCAACUUUGAGGCGCCUGGCCGAGCAAGCACGGGAAGAGCUGGUUUCGUGA